CACUCAACAAAUCCUCUGUUCUGCAAAAACCAACCUUAUGAAACCCUGGAUCCUCCAAUUUCGAUCCAACUCAAUUACCGACCGUCAGAUCAGUUCAACGAGCUUCUCUCUCUUGAUUACACGUGCCACCCCCUCUCUCUCUCUCCUCUUCUUUUAGUACUUUGCUUCCAUGCAUGAAAUUCUCCCCUACAACUCAUAUAUAGAGAGAGAAACAACAACACACAUAUGAAACAGUCAUGGAGUCUUUUUUCAGUUUUUCAUCUGUUAAUUGCUUAAAAAUUUAAUCUUUUUCACAAAGUUUUGAUUUUUAUUUUCUGGGUAUUCAAUUUUCAUUAAUUUUUACCAAUUUUGAGUGUUACAAGAAGCAUAGUGUUGUGUUUUUUGUGUUUUUCAUUCCAUUUGUGUAUAUGUGUUUUGAAGUUUUGGUACCAGAUUUGUUAAAGUUAUGUGUUGCUUUCUUUCUUUCUUGAUUUUUCUUUUUUUGGGUUGAUCUUGAAGUUCCCCCAAAUUGAAAUAAAUAAAAAAAAAAGGUUUGAUCUUUUUGUUUCUGACACAUGAUCUGCUUUGAGAAGUUCAAAAGUUGCUGAAUUUGAUGACCUUUUGAUCUGUUUUAAAGGUGUGUGUUCUUGGGAUUUGUGCCCUAAAGAUGUUGGUUCAGGUUCAGGUUCAGGUUCAAGAAUCAGCAAAUGUAGUAACCUUCAACAGUUGAACAGCUGAAUUACAUCUUUUUUUUUUUUUUUUUUUUUUUUUUUUUUUUUUUUUUUUUUUUUUUACAAUUUGGGUAUUUCUAAAAAUCUGAUCUUGCAACAAGAAGUUGAAUAAAGAUGGAAGAAGAUCAUGAUGGAAAUGAUAAUGUGAAUUCAAGUUCAUAUGGGUUGAGAGAGAACCCUAAAAAGAGUUGGAGAGCAUCUUCAUCUUCAACUGCAACUGCAGCUUUACCUUUCGAAAAUGCGAAAAUUUGCAAACAAUGUGGCAAAGGGUUUAAAUCUUUGAAAGCUUUAUGUGGUCACAUGGCUUUUCAUUCCGAAAAAGAUAGGGGUUUGAAGGGUUAUGAUGAUUCAUGGACAAGUGAAAGUGAUUCCGAUACCGAUGAUACCGAUGAUGAUACCGAUGAAAACGAGCUGCAAGAUCCGGUUUGUGUGACAAGAUCCGAAUCGAAAAGGUACAAGAAGGUAGUAACUAUACCAUCUUCUUUGUCUUUAACCAAUACUAAUAGUACUAAUAGCAAUUACAAUUAUGGGUCUUCGUCGGUUUCCGAAAUUGAUGAGUUUGAACAAGAAGAUGUAGCAAUGUGGUUGAUGAUGUUAUCGAAGGAUAGUUCGAACUGGGGUGGUGUUAAUCCGGUUGAGGAGUCGUCGGACAACACCUCGGGUGAAUUCGAGGCCAAACUGUCUUCGGUUGAGAUGAAAAACCGUCGAAAGGAGUGGAAUUUGGCGAAGAAUGAUGUUGAUAGUUUCGCGAUUGAGAAUUCGAAUUCUGGGUCAUGUAGGAAUGGAAUCAAGAAAGUGGAAUCAAGAAACUGCAGAGACUUGUCUUAUGAGGAAAAACAAGAAAUUCGACGAAACUUGUUUAGGGAAUUCGGGUAUGAUAGUUCUUUAAACAAAAGAAUUAGUUCGUGUCGAGAUGAUGAUUCGUAUAAGAAGAGAAACAAAUAUGAAUGUGUGAACUGCAACAGAACUUUUAGUUCAUUUCAAGGGCUUGGAGGACAUAGACCAUGUCACAAAAAGAAUAACGCGUUUAUCGCAGGUGGAAACCGCUCAGACGCCAAAUACGCACGCAACCAAAAGACUAAACUUGAGCGACCGAAAAAGAACAAAGGGCACGAAUGUCCGAUUUGUUUCAGGAUGUUCAAGUCAGGGCAAGCGUUAGGGGGUCACAAACGGUCUCAUUUCAUCAACGGUUCUGAAGAUAGGACCGAUCAUGUGGCAGCAAUCGAACAAGUGGAAGCGACUUAUACUGACAUGAUUGAUCUUAAUCUCCCUGCUCCGGAAGAGGAUUAGGGUCAUUAAUAAUGCAAAUAGGACUUGUUUUUGGUUGUUUCAAAGAGGACAUUAGAGAGGUGAGAGUUCUGUCUUUCAUCUUACUGUUUAGACUGUUUUUAACUUUUGAACAUUUUCUAUAAUUCAUUCAAGACCAUUAAAGUUAAAUUUCCAGUUUUGUUUAAGCUGUUUUCAAGAUC